AUGGACAAUUCCGGGGCUCGCAAGAUCUCCAGCGUGUUUCCGAAGCGUCGUCACGAUGUGCUUCGAUGGGAUGGCUGGGGCUACAAGGAUUCCAAAUUUGUGCUGGAGGAUGGGUGUAUCACGUUCCAGGGCAGUCGAUAUCCGAUUGCCGGGGGAAAAAUGAAUAAUUUCCGGGAUUGGGUGGUUGAUAUGUUCAAAAUCGAUCUCACAAAGUACAAUGCGGCGGCCAUUCCGCCGACCGAGUUUCCGGAACCUGUGAAGUGUGAAAAGUUUCUUUCGGAGCUGGGUAGCGCUGGGAUAGACUUUUCCGAGGACGGAAUGGAUCGAAUGAUGCGAUGCCACGGGCAGACCUUAACCGAUGUGGAAUCCUUGCGGAAACAUAAGUACAAACGGAUCCCGGAUGUGGUUGUGUGGCCCAGCUGUCACGAUCAGGUAGUGAAGGUCGUGCAAAUGGCCGUUGAAACGGGAAUUGUGUUGAUUCCGGUCGGUGGGAACACAUCGGUCUCGUUGGCCGCAACAACUCCGGAAAUUUUCGACCGAACCAUCGCUGUGAUCGAUAUGACCCAGAUGAACCGGAUGUUGUGGAUUUCGGAGGAAAAUUUGACUGCUUGUUUCGAGGUCGGAAUCGUUGGACAGGACAUCGAACGAGAGCUGAACAAACUUGGAUUCAUCUUGGGUCACGAGCCGGAUUCGUUUGAGUUUUCCACGUUGGGAGGGUGGAUUGCCACCCGUGCCUCCGGGAUGAAGAAGAACCUGUAUGGGAACAUCGAAGACAUUGUGGUUCGAGUGCGAAUGGUUACCCCCAAGGGAGUUUUAGAAAAGAAUUUCACAGCCCCCAGAGUAUCGAUAGGGCCUGACUUUGAUCACGUGAUUUUCGGUUCCGAAGGCACCCUCGGUAUCGUAACGGAAGCUGUGAUAAAAAUCCGCCGAAUGCCGGAUGUCAGACGGUACGAGUCAUUGGUUUUUCCAGAUUUCUCAACAGGUGUGAGGUUUUUGCGGGAAAUUGCAGAAAAACGACUUCAACCGGCCAGUAUCCGACUGAUCGAUAAUAUUCAGUUCAAAUGUGGGGUCCUGCUGGAUCCGGCUGGCUCGAUCUUCGAUGGAUUCUACGAGAUCAUCAAACGGUUUUAUCUGACCACCAUUUGUGGCUUUCAAAUGGACAGUAUCGUGGCAGUGACUUUGCUGUUCGAGGGCGAAUCCAGACGGGUGGCCGAUCACGAGAAGGUGGUUUGCUCCAUAGCGAAGAAGCAUGGCGGCAUCAGGGGUGGCGAAAAAAAUGGCAAAAAAGGCUACAUGCUGACGUUCGUCGUUGCCUACGUGAGGGAUUUCGCCUGGGACAUGAACAUCGUCGGCGAAUCCUUCGAAACCUCCGUGUCCUGGGACAAAUGCGAGGCGCUCUGCGAAAACGUGAAGGCCUGCAUCGUGCGAUCGUGCCACGAGCGGGGCAUCCAGUACUACGCAGUUUCGAGCCGGGUUACGCAGAGCUACGAUGCGGGGGCGUGCGUGUACUUCUACUUCCUGUUCAAACAUCUGGACGUGCCGGAAGAUUCGUUGAAGCUGUACAUGGAAAUCGAAGACAUUGCCCGGGACGAGGUGUUGGCCUGCGGGGGAACCCUAUCGCAUCACCACGGGGUGGGAAAACUGCGCAGCAAAUGGUACCCGGCCAGCGUUUCCCAGGUCGGCGUUGAUUUGUUUAAAGCCGUCAAAAAUGAACUGGAUCCGGGGAACAUUUUUGCGGCCGGAAAUCUCAUUGGCCGGGAUCAACAGAAGGCGAAGCUUUAA